GGACGCCUCAGAGCGGACGCCGUGCUGAAGAGGAAUUGGAACUAUUCUUGAUCCCGGUCCAGAUUCUAUUUGCUCUGUACGCCUCUGACAUCAGAGGCACGGAGGUAUAAAUGAAGGGCGUGCAGGAGAGCGCUCUGCUGACACCGGUGUUCAAUGGAAUUCGGGAGCUUUCACAGGAGAGCAGGAACUUUCGGGCUGCAGGAUGAAGAAGGGAAGCGGAGAGGUCGUGUUUGCUGUGUCGGUCGUGCUCGGCGUCCUCACACAGGUGCUGUGCCAGCUGUGCGGGGGUCCGUGCAGGUGCCCGUCGUCCUCGCCCACAUGCCCCCCCGGGGUUCCCCUGGUCCCGGAUGGCUGUGGGUGUUGUCAGAUCUGUGCAGGACAGGAGGGUGAUGGAUGCUCGGAGAGGAACGUGUGUGAUGUUCAGCGUGAUCUGCAGUGUGAUUACAGCGCCAGUUUCCCUGACGGACCCGGAGAGUGUGUUCGACGGAACUCGCUCGGCUGCGAUCACUUUGGCGUGCAGUAUGAAGAGGGCCGGUCGUUCAGACCCUCAUGCGGGCAGCUGUGCCACUGCACGGGCGGCGGCGUGACCUGCGUCCCGCUGUGCAGUGAGGACCUGAACGGGCCGGUGGGGAACUGCCUGAACCCCAGACUGGUGCGCGUGCCGGGCCGGUGCUGCAGAGAGUGGGCGUGUGAUGGCGUGGAAAACAGCAUCGUACUGGAACCAGCAGUUGACAGAUCUGUGAGGUCCUGGCAGGACGUUCCGGUGCCGGGCGGGUUCCCGUGGUCCAACUGUAUCGAGCAAAGCACCGAGUGGAGCGCGUGUUCCCGCAGCUGCGGUCCAGGUGUGUCCACGCGCCUCUCAAACAGGAACUGGGCCUGUCGACUAGAAACACAAACACGCCUGUGCCUGGUCAGGCCAUGCCACCGGCUGCCAACCCACGGAGCCCGGCCGGAAGCGGGUGCGUGUGAGAGCAGCUACCGCUUGACCACGCUGAUGCGCUACAGGCAUCAGGGCUGCCACAGCGUACAGUCCUACGCCCCGGUGUUUUGCAGAACGUGCCUGGACGAGCGCUGCUGCGUCCCCGAGCGCACCAGGACCGCGGUCGUGACUUUCCGCUGCCCUCAGGGACGAAUCACGCAACACGCCGUCAUGAUGAUCGAGUCGUGCGUGUGCCAUCACAGCUGCCCUCAUCCCAACAGUGACAGAAGAACAAGCUCAUGGAUCUAAAGAGACUAAAACGCUGUCAGUCAACCAAGACGAUUUAAGUUUCUUUGGUUUUGCAUGAAGCUACGAAUCUACUGUAGCUAAUUUAGAGCUCAGCUUACCUCCUUUGAUUUUCUUUUGAUUAUUCCAACAAAUUAAAUUAAUCAAAUAACCUAUUUAUUGGUCAAUGGUUUUUGCUGUAGUGUAGGUUUAGCCACAUAAGCCUUGUAGCUCCAGUGCAAGACUUCACACACCGAACACAUCCUGGCUGAUGGAUCAUUUUCUUUUCUUUAAACUUUUUUUUUUGUUCAGUGAUGGUACAGAUUUCUAUUUUGCAAUGAUUGUGUCAUUAUUACAUUCAUGUAUGUCUGCAAAACCACAGAAACAGGAUGCUGCAAAAUAAUGUGUCUAUAUUAAAAGUAUGGGUUCAAUAA